AUGGGGAAGGAAAACACCUUGGAGGCAGCACCACCCACCUCAGCCUACCGCUCUGUAAUGGAGGAGUAUGGUUACGAGGUGGGCAAGGUGAUUGGCAAUGGCUCCUAUGGGACAGUGUAUGAGGCUUACUACACAAAGCAGAAGGUCAUGGUGGCUGUCAAGAUCAUCUCAAAGAAGAAGGCCUCUGAGGACUAUCUUAACAAGUUCCUGCCCCGUGAGAUACAGGUAAUGAAGGUCCUGCGGCACAAGUACCUCAUCAACUUCUAUCAGGCCAUCGAGACCACAUCCCGAGUGUACAUCAUCCUGGAGCUGGCUCAGGGUGGUGACGUCCUUGAAUGGAUCCAGCGCUAUGGGGCCUGCUCUGAGCCCCUUGCUGGCAAGUGGUUCUCCCAGAUGACCCUGGGGAUCGCCUACCUGCACAGCAAGGGCAUCGUGCACCGCCUGACCCCCAGCCUUUCUGCUGCUGGUAGGGAUUUAAAGUUGGAGAACCUAUUGCUGGACAAGCGGGAGAACGUGAAGAUAUCGGACUUUGGCUUCGCCAAGAUGGUGUCUUCUAACCAGCCUGUGUGCAGUAGCCCUUCCUACCACCAAGUGAACUGCUUUACCCAGCUCAGCCAGACCUACUGUGGCAGCUUUGCUUAUGCCUGCCCAGAAAUCUUGCUGGGCUUGCCCUACAACCCUUUCCUGUCUGACACCUGGAGCAUGGGCGUCAUCCUCUACACUCUAGUGGUUGCCCAUCUGCCCUUUGAUGACACCAAUCUCAAGAAGCUGCUGAAAGAGACUCAGAAGGAGGUCACUUUUCCAUCUAACCAGACCAUCUCCCAGGAGUGCAAGAACCUGGUCCUCCAGAUGCUACGCCAGGCCACCAAGCGUGCCACCAUCCUGGACAUCAUCAAGGAUCCCUGGGUGCUCAAGUUCCAGCCUGAGCAACCCACCCAUGAGAUCAGGCUGCUCGAGGCCAUGUGCCAGUUCCACAGUACCACUAAUCGUCACCAAUCCUUGGAAAUCAAUACCUGAAAGUGGCUGAGGGAGGGGAGAGACAAGCAAAGCAGAAGGGUCUGGGGCUAAAAAUCUUUUUAUACCAAAAAUAAAUCUAAUUCUGAUUUA